UUGUCGACAUAAAAUCAGAAAUAUAUUGGAAAGCCACGUGAUCAUUAUGAUCUCAACAUUUUCCUGGUAAAGCUCGAAUUACAAAACUGUAUCUGACGGAUUUCCAAGAUUGCGCAUGACUAGUAAUUUAUAUCUAUAUUGCUUUUUUAUAUAUUUUCAUUUGCACUCAAUCUGAUACGAUCACGAUCAACAGGUUUCUAGCACCGUCAUUGGACAGUGAUUUAACAUGUAACAUGACCCUGUCUGACCUUCUCAAGACCUUCACCUCUCUCUGCAUGAUACAUAAUGGUAUUUUGGUUGAAGGCUUAGCUUACUUACUGCAGGGACUGUUGCAUAAGGCAUGUUGCAAACUCAUUCACUCUAGGAAAUGCUGAUGUGUUUUAGAAUGAAUCCUUGCAUCAUCCACGACCAUGAACUCGCGGCAACUGUGCACGAUUGGAAGCAACACAGGAGGGGUUUAGAAUGAAUCGCUACUUGAUGAUUUGCAACGAAUAUAGAUAAAGAAAAUAAAAAUAAAGAUAAGAAAAAGAAGUAGAAGUAGAAGUAGAAGAAGAAGAAGAAAAAGAAAAAGAAAAAGAAAAAGAAAAAGAAGAAGAAGAAGAAGAAGAAGAAGAAGAAGAAGAAGAAGAAGAAGAAGAAGAAGAAGAAGAAAGAAAGAAAAAUAAGAAGAGGAAGAAUUUAAAAAAGUAAAUGGAGAAGAGGAUCAAACAACAAACAAAUAGAAAACAAAUCAGAAAAAAAGGAAACAAGAUCCGCGUCACUUCCACGGCCGUUACAAGCGACUUUUCUAAAAUAAAAUGAAAAAAAUAAAAAAUGAAAUAAAAAAGAGAGAAAAAAUAGUUGCUUAUCCUUAGUUAACUGAAGCCAAAACGGAAGGAUGUCGACAGCAACAGCGGAUAAAAAAGGAUCAGUGAUAGAGGCGAUGGAGCGGAAAGAGUGCCAACCGCUCACAGUGACAAUAACACGCGCAGAAGUAAUACUAACAGUGUGAGUACCAAUAGCGUAGAGUCACAAUUGCAAAAGGGACAGUAGCCAGUCUUGCAACUGCAACGGUGAGAACAUCGGCGGCAGUAACGACGGAGAUAUUUGCAACAACAACAGUGCCUGAAACGGUAAAGCUGCAGCGAAAGUAUCAACAACAGAAAAGGAAAAUAUCAACACUGAUAACAAAGUAUCAUCAUAAACAACAGUAAUAAAAGUAAUGGACAUAGCAACAACAACAAUACAACACCAACGACAUCGGCGUUAAGUGAAGUAGCAUAAAUACCAACAGUGACGAUAAACUACCCAAAUCGACAGUGAAUAUAACGGCAAUAACACCGCCCAGCGACUCAGAAAAGAUACCCAGUAUUGGUAUGGCGCAGAUGGUAUCAUGGUCGAGUGCGGGCGUGCGGUAGGACACUCAGAUACCCUGUGGUUCCUGAGGUAACUUCUGAGAGCGAUCCACCCGCACGUGCCUGCCUGCCUGGGGCUGUGCAUGAAUAUAGUUUCGUUGGGUUUUCCGUCAUGCAGAGAACGAGACAUUGGCUGUGCUGCAUGUGUGUGAUGAUGAUGAUGAUGGUUGUGGCGACGUAGCGACGAGUCUCUCUCUCUCUUACAUCUCUUCAUGGUUGUGAUAGUCAGCGCUCGAUCCGAGAAGGAACCACGCCUCCGCCCAGCAUCCCAAGAAGACCUUAUUUUGAUAUAGGCGUUAGCGAGUCGUAGAGAAAACUGCCCUGUUUAUCCCCCUUUGUUGGCUCCUCUUCUUACUCGUCUACUUCUUCGACUUCUUCGAUUUUUUGUAGCGUGUCUAUAAAAUAUAAAUAUAUAUGUGUGUGUGGGUGUGUGUAAAAUAUAAUAAGGAUUACCGUAGCUACUGAAGUCAAAUACUAUUUCGAAUUUGCUUUUGGAAAAAAAAAGAAACUUUCUCUAUAUAAUCCUUUCCUUUUGGGUUCCGAUAGUUUUCUCUUUUUUGGAUGUAUACGAUUUGAUUCUCUUUGGUAGGUUAGCCGAUCAAUGAUAACACAACACGAAUCCAGCGCGCGCGCAGAUUCAAACGUCGUCACUUUGUCACAACAACAAGGCCAGUGACGAGCGUGGUAUAGUGAGUGUGAGGUGGAUUGAAAGAAGGAAAAAGAAAACAAAAAAAGAUCAUUAAAAAGCUCCCGUCCAUUAGAAGUUGCGGCCCAAGUGCGUGCGCGAGGAGGGACUUCGGCGCCGCUUACGGUUCAGUGUCGAUGCUUCGGUCGAGCGGCGAGUCGGUUCCGAGCGAGUGAUCGCAUGAGUGUGCAUGGUAGCGCGCCUCGAGGAAGAGCUCGGUGCAUGAGAGCAGAGCGGGCGCCAGUGUCGAGGGCGUGCGGGCGCGCGGCGUAGCGACGACCAUGACGACUCUGUGCAGCACCCCGGAAUCCCUCCCCUCCCCCCGGGCGGCCGACGCGGCCCCCCCGGGGUUCCAGGCGCCCUCUGACCCCUCGCCGCGCCCCUACGAUGCGCCCGGCUUCCCCAGCGGCGCUCCGGCGCCCUCCUACUCGGCGCGCUCGGACGCCGACUACGAGGUGCCCUUCUUCACCGUGGCGCACUACCGCACGCCCACCGCGCCCACCACCUAUGAGUAUGCCGCCACGCAUACGGGCUUCCCGGAGGGCGCGGGCGAGGCGCUCUACAACGGCGGCCUCGACACGGAGGCGAUGUCGCCCGUCGAGCUGGCCUUCGGCGGCAGCGCGGGGGAGUCAGGCCGCUGGUGGCCGCGCGACGGCCCCGAGGCGCCCAUCGAGCCCACACCGCCCACACAACCCGCGCGGUCCCCAGUGGGCCCCGCCCCUCUCCACGGCCGUUCGGAGCCCGACUGCGCCCUGCCCGCCCACCCACCCGGCGCCUUCAUCCGGCGCGUCUACGGCAGCCACGACCGCACGCCCGUGGGCUGCCUGCACGCCGCCGCAGGCACGGCGCCGCGGGGGCAAAAGCCACCCACCCCGGGGGCGAAGCCAGCCCCACCGGAGACGCCCCCGCGGCCUUCGCGGCCCGCGCGCUCCCACGACGAGACGCCCGUCAGGGGCUCCGUGGACUUCCUGCUGGAUCAGCCCUCGCGCACCCCCAGCAGGAGCAGGAGCGGCUCCAGACGCCGCGCCUCGAGCCCGGGCCGGAGGACCACCCCCACUACACCCACCUCGUCCUUCCCCCCCGAGAUGAGCCAGUCCACGCCCCUCAUCCCCAGGGACACCGGGCAGGGCGCGGGCGACGGCGUCACCGGCGCGGCCCAGGCGCAGGACGCCGCGACGCGCCAGACGUCCCUCACGGGCUCGGGAGGGCGCGGCGGCGGCGGGAGGGAGGAGCCGGCAACCAGCCUGAGCGGGGCGCCCAUGGACGGCAGCGGCGUGUACGAGGACGCGGGCGUGAGCGACGCGGCCGACCGCCUCGAGUCCGCCCUCCACUCCAGCUCGUCCUCGGAGGUGAUGGUGACGCCGCGGACGCCCCGGACGCCGCGCACCUCCAGAAGCAAGUCCAGGGAGCCGUCCUUCUGCCUCGAGCUGGAGGACGACGAGUACCCCCGCACGGAGGCCGAGUACAUGUCGCUCCUCAACGCCAAGAUCGCCGAGGCCCACGAGCGGCAGCUGCUCCCGCUCAAGGAGGACCUCGCCGACUGGCUCUCCAAACUACUCGGUGUGGAGGACCUGACAGCGGAGAAUCUGAUCGAGAAGCUGGACAACGGCGUCUACGUGUGUCGCCUGGCGGAGGUCAUUUCGCGAAGGGCACGGGAGGCCAGAGAGAAGGGCACGUCCACGCUGGAAGUACCGUGCCUUCCGUACCGUACGUGGGAGAGAGCCCGCAGCGGUACUUUCUUCGCGCGGGACAACAUUUCCAACUUCCUGAGGUUCUGCAGACGACUUGGGGUUCACGAUAACCUCCUUUUCGAAACGGAGGAUUUGGCGCCAGUUUCGGCGGAUAGAAAAGUGUGCCAUAGUGGAGCCCGAGGCGUUGUCCUGUGUCUGCUGGAGGUGGGUCGUCUAGCGCAGGGAUGGUGGGGCCUCGAACCGCCGGGGAUCGUGAAGCUGGAGCGAGAGAUGGACGGAGAAGAGUGGUCUGGCAGGUCUGACAGUGGGUAUUCCAACACCUCCUCACCACGUGGCUCGACCCUCACCUUGCACCCGGCAGCGCCCAGCCCUCCUGCAGCAGAUUCCAAGCUUCCUAGACCCCUGUCAGCACCUGGCCACCUCCAGCUAGUUCCUCGCCUCGUGCUGCCCAACCAGUCCACGCACACCCAGACCGAGUCCCCCCCCUCGUCCAGCCAGUCCAGGAUACCCAAAGCCAGCAGCAGCAGUGCCCCUCGCUCUGUCAAACCCACCCCGCCCCCUAAGCCAGCCUCGAUCAGAAGAGCCGUGUCUAACUUGGCCAGGCGACCCACUACUAUACCUAAGAAGGCUAGGUCAGUAGGUGAAAGAGGAUGGUCAGGCGCCAAAACAACCCCAACAACACCAGUCACAACCCCUACCCAUUCUGCUAAGCCUCGCCUGCCAUCUGCACGAACACCUAGGUCUUCGGGACGUUCUACUCCUAAUACCACUCCAACAACACCGACACACUGUCGCCGGUAUAUGACCUCCUUACAGCGCACUCCUGCUACGCCUUCAAAGCCGUCUCGUCCAACAUCUCGCCCUUCCUCAAAGCCUCCUUCGCGGUCCCCCUCCAUUUGUAGUCGCCUUCAGGAGUGCUAUAACACCGUCCAGCCAGAUAGUGUAACAGAGGCUCUUAGGACAGACCUCGACAACAAGGUUUUUGACAUUGCUAACCAAACGCGAGGCUUUUGUGGUUGCAAAGACACUGAGUGUACGAAAUCUCACGUCAAGAGAGUGUCUGAUGGCAAGUACGAAAUCUGUGGCAGGAACGUUUUUGUUAGGAAAAAUUCCUCGCUGCCCAGGAAGCACAUAAAGAAGGGUCAACGUAACAAACCCACAUCAGAGAAGUCCCAGACUCCUAAUAUAGCUGAUAAGCAAAACUGCUCUGCAAAGAAGGUCCUUGUCAUCCAACAACCCAGGGGUUCUCCUCCUAAGAACAUACACUCCCCUAGGAUCUGUGAUAAAUGCUAUGCAACUGAUGACAAAUCCAUUGUGAAACGUCCUCGUCACCACAACCCAGCAGCUAGCAAAAUCAUUUCACCAUUCGAGAUCAAAAGCAAGACGAAGUUAGUGUUGAGACAUCAGCUUCCUCAUCCCAGUACAUGGGACUUCAAGUCCACCAGAAAGAAAUAUACAAGCAACAGCUCCGCACUGAGGCAUCAACUAAACACCUCGACUCUGAGAAAAGUCCACUUCCCUUCUGCCUCGGAUAAGCAUCGCCCUCCUGCAACUUCACCUGCGAUGGUCAACACUGCUCUUGAACCUUAUUUGCUAAAGGGGAAACAUGUGAUGGUCAGAGUUGGAGGCGGUUGGGACACACUUGAGCAUUACCUGCUUCGACAUGAUCCAAAACAGGUGACAGUGUUUAAUCUGAAGUCAGCCGACCCAUUCCUACACAUCCGUGCCAAGUAUUGUUCGCCUACACAUUCCAGAGCCUCUUCUAGCAGAGGCUCCCCUACACAUUCCCAGGCCACACCCAGCAGGGGGACAGCCUCAGGGGACCCCACACCAGGGAACACAUCAUCAGAGGGAACCCCACCACCCCCACAAGUGCCACCCUCGUUACCUGCCGAGUCUUCCAUGCCUGCUGAAGAGAGCUGCAGAUUCAGUGCAGAGGAUUCUGAUUGCAUGGCAGAGGGAUCGGUGCCAGCCACAGAAGAUUCUGCCGCCACAGCAGAGCAAUCAAAGCCAACUGCAGAGUGUUCCUUGUCAGCAAUGCAAAGUUCAUUUUCAAAAGUCAAUGGAGAAGAUCCAGAGGAACAUCAUGUCAAUGGGAUGAUGGAGUCACAGAGUAGAGAACUCCAAGGUGGAGAUUUAUCAACAGAAUGGACAGUAGAAUCAUGCUCCCCAACGCCUGAGAGAUCAAUGGUGAACUCUUCCACCUUCUGCAUUGAAGAUAAAAAUGUUGCUGACCCCAUCCCAACAAUAUCUCUUGCAUCACAUUCAAAGUCAAUGUCAACAUCAUCCACCUCAUCUACUUCAUCCUCCUCAGACUCGUCCUGCUCUCUGAAAGUUACACCUCCACCGACUCCCUCCACAUUCUCAACACCCGCAUGUGCGACGUCAAACGAGUUGUCUGUUACCCCAGACGGCAGUAGUACGACGAUUGGGACACCCUUACCACCUGAUUUUAUAGAGCAAGAUGAACUGUAGUGAAAGUUGAAUCUUUGAACUAACCAUAUGGUUCAAUGUUGAUUUAACAGUAGAUUGUUUACACAAAGAUAGAUCAAUUUUGAUGUAUAUCUUCAAUGAUUUACUGAUUUUUUGAGGCUUUUACCUCAGGUGUUGUCGGGAUGCUUUUUAUUUAAACAAAAAAGAUAGUGUAAAGCAAACUGUACAGAUCCAAUGGUCUUCAUAUACCAAAGAUUUAAACAAAACUGUAAAUUGCCUUGUUGUAGCAGAGUUACCAUUGCAUAUUUCUGUGAAUAUUUCCAUGUUCAUAUAUAAAGGUUUCAUCUGGCUAUACUGUUUGUGCCAGAUAUGUGAUAAAUAAGUUUAUAAAUACUUGAAAAUAAGUAUAUGGACUUAUAAACUUGCAUUGAAAAAAAUACAAGGAAAGUAUAAGCAACAGGGUGCUAUGCUCUAUAUACUUAAAAACCUUGUUGGUUGUAAAAUAUGAAAAAUUCACUAAGAUUACAGUUAUGUUGUAUUUAAUGUUUAGUUUCUUCCAUUAUUCAUGUUGUGCAAUAUCAUUAAUUUCUAAAGAAUAUAUUGUUUAAAAAAUAAAUUUUCUUUCUCCAUUUCCUCUCAAGAUCACAUUACUUAAUUUAUUUGGAAUGCAGGACCAUCAAAAACAUUGCUAAAGGUGUGCAUAUAUGUCUGAUUGCAUGUUUGUAUGUGUGAAUAAUUUCAUGGUUCUGUCCAUGUAAAUUAACAUAAAAAUAGAUAAAGUAAACUCUGCAUGUUUUAAAAUUCAUUACAGGGUAUCUUAAUGAACUAUUAUGUAAAUCAAGUAGAGCAACAAUAACAAUACUUUAUUGUUUUUCAAGUCAGUAUUAAUAAAAGUUCAUUUGGCUGCAAGAAUUAUUUGUAGCAGGUAUAAAAACUUAAACCCUCUUUUUUUUAAUGUAUGUCAAAAAGUUACUCCUUAGUAAACAAAAAUAAUAAAAAAUAUGAAUAAAUAUAUACAUACAUGUAUGUGUGUGCAUGUACGUAUGCAUGUAUAUAUAAUCAUUUGGUCAGGUAAACCAAAAUAUUUUAUGGUUACACGGGCGUGAAAGAGGAUACAAAUUUGGGUGGUAUAAGUAUUAAAAUUUCACCUGACAGUAUUUGUACCAAAAAACACUCUGUUUGUGUGGCUGGGUUGUGUAUGUAGAUUUGAUGGUGAUUUUGUGUGUCUUCUUCCUUUCAUUCAUGCAUGUUGUUUGAUUACAUUCAUAUGAUUUUCAUUUUCACUGAGCUUUGCACUCCAAGUAAUGGACAAUACAUUUUUUCAGUGUAUAUCAUCCUAGUAAAUUAUAUACCUAGAUUUAUAAGGUUGAAAAGAAAUUCAUGUUACAUAAAAUGUAAAAGUAGUUCAAUACAUUUAUAAUACAACACUGCAGUUCAUUGUAAAAUAAAGUUUAGUGGUUUGGUAAUGCAUAUGGGUCACUUUGAGGCACUGUGAUAUAAAAUCCUGGUUUUAUUUAUAUGGUAUUGUAUAUGCCUCUGUUGUUUGGCUUUAUGAAUGAAGUGAAAUGUGUCAGCAUUAAUUAACACAAACUGUUCUUGGUAUGAUAUUGCUUAUUGCUCAUUUAGAGUUACAAGAGGAAUAUAGGAUAUGUUUACUCUGCUAUAUAUAUAUUUGUAUCAGGAUCAAAAUCAUAUUCUAUGACAGAUUUUGCUAAGAGAUCAAUAUUCCAUGUAAAGGCAAACAAACAAACCAAAAAAAGUAUUUUUUUCUAAAUACAAUGAGAUCUAGAAUUUGUCUGGGUUUCUCUUUAUUUUAGUGGAAAAAGAAGUGAUGGUCCACUGAAUUUUAAAGGCAUGAUUUGGGUAAUUUUCUAUGAAAUUCAGAGAGAGAAAGCGAGAGAGAGAGAAAAGAUAACUUGUAGUUUUGAGAUAAUUAACUUUAUAGGAGGUUUUGGAGAAGACUGUCAAAAAGAGCAGGACUCUUAGGCGAGCUUUCUUGCUGUCCCUUUUAUGAUCACUAUACUCUUUAUGCAUGAUAACAAAUUAAAAUCAAUAUCUGUAAAGAUGAAGACUGGCACAUUAGGUGCUUCAGGUAUUUCCUCUUGGCAAACAAUGCAAGCCAAGAAGAUAUUGUAGAGUUGUAGAGACUCCUGAUUAUAAUGAGAGAUGUUUGUUUGAAGGUGAACUUAGUUGAUGCUGCAGGAGAGGUAGCAGAAGUUACUGCUUAUCGCAAUAGUAGACCAAGCUUGCAGACUAAGUGUACAAGAGAUACAUUAAUGAUGUUUACUACCAAUGAAAUCAAUCUUAUUUUUGAGUGUCAGGUUUAUUUUUAAUCAUAUUUGAGGGCAUAUGUGUAUGAAUGAUUAUUCUCCUAUAAUGGCAAUAUAAAUCACUGUUUGUAUGAAGACAUUUCAUUGUCAAAAAAUUGUUUGUCAUAUAUUUUGUCAGAUCUGAUAGUACCUAUAUCAGGAAGAUUAUUUUUAGGAUUAAAACAAUUUCCUGUGACCUUCCAGAAUUUUGAACUGCAAUUAGAUAGUAUAUUUAAAUUUAUUGAUUUUAAUCCACAUGAUGUAUACUAGAGACUGAUUCAGCUUUAUUAUAUAUAACCAAGAUAAGAAAUGAACAAUCAUAUAAAUAUGAAUUGACUACUGAUAGAUUGUGCAAGACAAUUGUUAUUGUUAACAAAAAAAAAUAAAUUUAUAAAACUAUUUUUACUUCAAAAAUUACAAAUUCAAACACGUUAAUGUACAGAAAUAAGUACUCAUGAAAGAAAUGUCUUCAUAUUUGAAUAAACUUCCCUAUAUUAUCAUUAAGAAAAUCAUAAUGUUGAACUAAUAAGGACUGUUUUUACUGUUUACCAUACUGUUAUUUUUUAUUUCUAAUUCAAACAUAAGGGGUGUGGAUUAUGUAUUUGAUACUGGAUGAAAAAAACGUAGAUCUCAGUUUCUGUUUUGAUUUGAAGUCACUUAGAAUCCAACUCCAUGUCAAUUAUGUACAUUUUUAAUGUAUCUCACUUCAGGCAGUAUAUUUGCAGUUUUGGUUGCUUUUUACUUUUAUAUAAAAAGAGGCUUCAGAAUUGGGUCUUAUAGUUACGUUUGUAUAUGAUUCUUGUAAAUGCUUGUAAAUUUACCCUUUUUUCAAUUUUUUUUCAAGUAUUUUUCUUCAUGAAAUGCACCAGGUGUUCAUGGUGUGAUCUCUCUCACACACAUACGCAUACACAUACACACAUAUACAUACAUACACACACACACACACACACACACACACACACACACACACACACACACACACACACACACACACACACACACACACACACACACACACACACACACACACAGUGCAUUUAUUUUCCUUGAAAGGAAGAUAUUUUCCAAAUGAAAUGUAUGAAUUUCCAAGUUAUACAUAUAUUUCCAUGUAAACAUUACUGUAAAUGACCAAAUGUCUGUAAAAGAUUGGUUGUGACUUCAUAAUUAUCAGAUGCAUAUGAUACUGCAUAAAAUUCUAUAUCCUUCAGCUAACAUUCCUUAUUGAUCAGUACAAUAAAUACGCAAAAGUGCCAAUGGUAGUUAGUUUGAAAUUUUGUUUUAGUGUUGCAUGGUACAUCAUUAUAUUUCACAUGAAGUGAAGUAAAUCAUAUGUUAACACUGCUAUGAGUUAAAUGUUGUUGUUGGGUAAAAUACUAAAGAUUUGCCAUGCUGACAAAUGCAUUUUUGGGUGUGGUUUAUAGGAGGAAAAAUUAUGGUUGUAACAUUGGUGGCACUGAUCCAUAUUUUGGGAAAGUGGUGUGAAUGGACUGCAUCACAUGACUUUUUUUGCACUUGGAUAAUUCUAUGAAAUCUUAAUGUAAGAUAGAAUGGGAUAAGAAAAGUUUGCCUGUGUUAAUCUGAUGUCAUUAUUUAUUUUUGAAUGUCAAAAUGGAUGAUGUUCUAAAUUCUAUGUAUGGAGAAUAAAAAAGCACAAUGUUGAUGCCUAUAUACCUUUUUGAUUUAAGAGGUACAUUAUUCUGAACUUUAUUUCAGCUGAAUUGAAAAUAUGAAGUUGAAAAUCUUGUAAUCACCAGAUUAGCAAGGGGAUGUAUGUUGUAUCGUCAGCUUUGUAUGCUGUUCUUUUGUACUGUUCGAAUGUGCCAUGAAUUUUUACAUUUACAUAUUAAAACAGAAUAUAGUAAGAAUGUUCUACUGUGUUAUUGUAUACCGCACAACAUUUCCACCUUAUUGAAAUGACCUUUUAUUCCUGAAGAUUCUGAGCAUCUCUUCAAUAUCAUGUUAUUUAUUUAUUUUAGCCAAAUAAAACUGAAAUUAUCAAAAGAA